AGAAAGCAUCUGUGCAAGUUAGUCACAAGUUGAUUCAGAUUUUAGUUUGGCUGAAAUUGAUGGAUUCUUAUUAAAUGUUUAAAGAACAUAUAUCACUGAGAGUGCAGUUUUAUAUUGAUGUUUUACAAAGUAUUUUUUUGUUACUGAUCCUGUCUGUACCCCUCUGUCAUGCAGUGAGAUACUGAGAAUGAUGCUUAUUAGUGAAGUGCAAGUUUGCCUGGCAAUGCACUGAAUGUCGUGAUUAUAGGAGGCUACUGCUCAAAAGUUGUUACCAUUCUUAUUAUGGAUGUUGUCCCGUAUGAGUCAUAUGAUGUUAAAAUUUAAAUUAGGUGUCAGAAACACAUGUACUUAAUAGAUUAAGAUCACUCGGUUUUGGCUAUAAUCUCUAUAUAUGCAUAUAUAUUUGUACAUAUAUUAUGUAUAAAAUAAUGAAAAACAAAUAAAGUGUGCACAGAUGUUCAUGAAUCACACUGUUUGCUGCACAGAGAACUGGAAUUAAUUGUAAGGGAGUGCGUGUGACAGUUUUCUUUUCCAUGCCACUCAGUAAUGUACCUGUGCUCUUGUACCCUGUACACAGGCAGUGAAUAGGCACUUCGCCUCCUUGUGAAAUGCUUUGGUGAGCAGCCUGAGGAGCUGGCUACUCCCCUUGCUGAGUGACAGUCCCCCCAGUAUAAAAAGGCCCCUUGGGGCGGACUGCACUGGGUGUGGCUGAUACAGCAGCAGAAAGAGGGCUUGUUCUGGGGACUGCAACUAGAAAACCUGUUAGGUUGUAGCCACCAACAGGUCUAAGCUACACAAAAUGCGUGAAAUUGUGCAUCUUCAGAUUGGCCAGUGUGGGAACCAAAUUGGAGCUAAGUUCUGGGAGGUGAUAAGUGACGAACAUGGAAUUGACAUCGCUGGGAACUACAGUGGGGAUGCAUCACUGCAGCUUGAGCGAAUUAAUGUGUACUUCAAUGAGGCUUACUCCCAUAAAUAUGUGCCCCGUUCUAUCUUGGUGGACCUGGAACCUGGUACAAUGGACAGUGUACGGUCUAGCAAAAUAGGCCCACUCUUUCGACCUGACAACUUUAUUCAUGGUAAUUCAGGUGCUGGAAACAACUGGGCUAAGGGCCAUUACACAGAAGGUGCUGAACUGAUUGAAAACGUCAUGGAUGUGGUCAGGAAUGAGUGUGAGAGCUGUGACUGCCUUCAGGGCUUCCAGCUCAUCCAUUCACUUGGUGGUGGUACAGGCUCAGGUAUGGGCACGCUCCUCAUCAACAAAAUCAGAGAAGAAUAUCCUGACAGGAUUAUGAACACUUUCAGCGUUGUGCCUUCACCCAAAGUAUCUGACACGGUCGUAGAGCCAUAUAACGCCAUCCUCUCCAUCCAUCAACUGAUAGAGAAUACAGAUGAAACCUUUUGCAUUGACAAUGAAGCUCUAUACGAUAUAUGUUUUAGAACUUUAAAGCUCACCAAUCCUACCUACGGUGACCUCAACCACUUAGUGUCCCUAACGAUGAGCGGUGUCACAACCUCACUCCGUUUUCCUGGUCAACUGAAUGCAGACCUGAGGAAGCUGGCUGUUAACAUGGUGCCCUUUCCUCGCCUGCAUUUCUUUAUGCCAGGCUUUGCUCCACUGACAGCUCGAGGUAGCCAACAGUACAGAGCGCUCUCGGUGCCAGAGCUUACUCAACAAAUGUUUGACGCACGCAACAUGAUGGCAGCCUGCGACCCUCGUCGUGGACGUUACUUGACCGUGGCAUGCAUCUUCAGAGGCCGAAUGUCUACCAGAGAAGUGGAUGAGCAGUUGCUGGCUGUCCAGACCAAGAAUAGUUCCUACUUUGUGGAGUGGAUCCCUAAUAAUGUCAAAGUGGCUGUGUGUGACAUACCACCGCGAGGCUUAAAGAUGGCAGCUACCUUUAUUGGCAAUAACACAGCCAUUCAGGAGCUCUUCAUCAGGGUUUCUGAACAGUUCUCAGCUAUGUUCAGAAGAAAAGCAUUUCUCCAUUGGUAUACUGGUGAAGGUAUGGAUGAGAUGGAGUUUUCUGAAGCAGAAGGCAACACCAAUGACCUUGUGUCCGAGUACCAACAGUACCAGGAUGCCACUGCAGAUGUUGAGGAAUAUGAAGAGGUAGAAGUGGAAGCGAACCCAGAAAAGGAAGCACUGUAAAAACAAUGGUAAUAUCAAAGCAUUCUCCGAAUAAGCCUGUGGACACUCACUAAAGAAAAAGCAGUAGCCAUCAUCUGCAUACUGAAAAUAACACCUUUCUUUUAAGAAUUUUUACUCUGCAUCUGGCCAAAAUAUAUCCAGUAUUACAAGACAAUGCUUUUAGAAUUAAUGGCAGCUAUGCUUUACUCUCCUAAACAACUGUUGACACUGAAUUGCUCCCAAAAAAGAGCCACUACGAAGACAAGAUGUCUUGUAACAGCCUUUCUUGUAAAUGUAUUCACUUUUAGAAUAUUAUCACCUGAUCCUGAAUGUAAUAUACAGCCUCUGUGUCUGUGUAUAUAAUCAGAAUGAUAAGCAACAGCACAAUAUGCUAUCAACUCAUCAAAUUUAUUUAUUCUCAGGUAAACACAGUCCGUGUUUAUUUGUGAAGAACUUGUUACUGUUUUAGGAACACACGCACAUCUGUGAGGCCUAUAAAGGCAGUUAUCUAUUUUAUUACACACUCCACAGACUGAGGUAGGUCUGCAGACAAGUUCAGUUCCUUAAGUAAGUUGCAGGGGAGGGAAGGGGAAAGAACAUGGGGCAAAAGACUGAACAUGCACAUUCUUACUUUUUUUAAUGUCACUUUAAUAGUUCUAACACCUUGCUGGCUUUUAUAUUAUUGCAGAGUUUGUAUUCAUUAUCAUUGUGUGGUUUGUUUCUAUUUCAAACUAUAGAGUUAUAUUAGCAUGGAAAGUUGUGAACAUUGUGUAAAAGUUUUGGUGUGUGGUUUGGUUUUUUUUUCCCCCCAUGUACUAACUACUGUAAAUUUUCUUCCUAUCAUUCAGUACAGCAAAAUGGAUAGAAUGGUUUGCAGCUAGUUAGAUACAAGUUCAAUGGCAAUCACUAAAUCAAAAACAUAUCUUGACUUCAGAAAAAAAAAAAUUCUUACCCUUCACAGCCAUCUACUUAACACUGUAUUUAUAAUAUUCUUUAAAAUAAAAAUUAUAUACCAUUCUAUAAAAUACUUUAAUACUUGAAACAUUUGAUAGACAAAAAUCAUUUAUUCUUGUAAGGACUAACUUCAAAUUACAUGAAAAAAUUGAGCUAGUUUUAUUAUACUUUUAGAGGAGAGAGUUUAUUAUACUCUGAAGAAAGUAACGCCUCAACAGCAGAAGCAUCAACAGCAGAAGCAUCUAGGUGAAUGUAAGCCUGCAGCCAAUUCUGCAAGCCUGCUCUACUUCUUCCUGUGCAGUGGGACAGUGUCAUACUUGCUGUGAAGACACACAGCAACAGGAACACGCAAACACUUCCCCCAAACCAGUACAGCUGAAAGUAUGACUUCGCCCCCCUAACCAAGAGUGGAUGGAGUGUCACCCUCCGUUCCUACUGUUUCCCAGUGAACGCGUGUCCUUCUGCCCCCAGUAAAGUGACACAGAGGUAACAAGGACAACCAAUAGCUGAGUAAUUAGCAUACGGUGCAGGGAUUUCUGUGCCUCCUUCUCCACCUCUUACAGGACGCCAGGUCUCCAACUCCCAGUUCACUGCUCAGUGUUCCAGACAGCUUUGGAGAUUAGAUUCUGUGCAGCACAUCCAUGGCAAAAUAUCCUGCUUCCAGUUUAGUCAUAACCCUAAGCCUCAUCAAAUCAGUUUUCACUGAGUUAGUUUUGUUCUAAGCACAAAUGGAAGAUGAACACCAUGAUGACAGAGAAUAUUAAAGUCAACAGCAUACCACUUCCAGCAGAGAGAACCGACAGAGGUAUUUUUAAUUAUCGAAAUUAUAUGCCUAUAUUCUCUGUUGACAUAGGUUUUAAUGAAGAAAACUUUUUUUCCAAAGAAGUAAUCAUUAAUCAUUGAAAUGAAGUAGGCAGAAAAGUUUUAAACAACAAUCAAAUCUCUCACUCAUUUAUGUACCUGAAAUACCAGCAUGAUAUCCAACAAGAGGUCUGACUUAAAAAUAAACGUAUGUUGCCACUGAA